AUGCCUCCGCAUCCUUUCCUCCGUACUUACCUGCUGUUGUUAUUGGGAUGCCUCCAGGUGCCAGAUUCUAAGGUUUCUGCUUUGACCUCCUACCUGGAGAGAGCAGGGUGGAUCUGCACUGCUAAACUGAUGCAGUUUGGAACCACUUCAGUUGCCGUGGCUCAAGGCGACGGGAUCCUGGGAGUUGGGGUCAAGAAGGGUGUCUCGGGGGCCCAAGGCAGGUUUGCCUACAAGCUUCUGGCCGACCUCUUUGCCAAUUACUCCAACGCACUGCGUCCGGCGGAGGAUACGGACCGCGCCCUCAACGUCACCCUCCAGGUCACUCUCUCUCAGAUCAUAGACAUGGACGAGCGGAACCAGAUCCUGACGGCAUACCUGUGGAUCCGGCAGGUGUGGGUGGAUGCCUACCUGAGCUGGGAAAGAGAGGCCUACGAUGGCAUCGACUCCAUCCGCAUCCCUAGCAGCUACGUCUGGAGACCGGACAUCGUCCUUUACAACAAUGCAGACGACCAGUUCACGGGCUCCAUGGAGACCAACGUGGUCAUCCGGCAUGACGGGCAGAUCACCUGGGACUCUCCGGCCAUCACCAAAAGCUCCUGCAAGGUGGAUGUCUCCUACUUCCCCUUCGAUGGGCAGCAGUGCCGGCUGACCUACGGCUCGUGGACCUACAACGGGAACCAGAUUGACCUGCUGAACAAACAGGAGACCGGGGAUCUGACGGACUUUGUGGCCAACGUGGAGUGGGAGGUGCUGGGCAUGCCGGCCCGGCGCAACGUCAUCACCUAUGGCUGCUGCUCAGAGCCCUACCCAGACGUUACCUAUACGUUGCACCUCAAGCGUCGGGCCUCCUUCUACAUCUUCAACCUGCUCCUGCCCUGUGUCAUGAUCUCCUUCCUUGCCCCGCUGGGCUUCUACCUGCCAGCUGACUCUGGGGAGAAGGUCUCCCUUGGGGUCACUGUCCUCCUGGCCCUCACCGUCUUCCAACUCCUGGUGGCCGAAAGCAUGCCCCCCUCUGAGAACGUUCCCCUCAUUGGGAAGUACUACAUCGCCACCAUGACCAUGAUCACGGCCUCCACUGCCCUGACCAUCUUCAUCAUGAACAUCCACCACUGUGGCCCCGGGGCCAAACCAGUCCCACAGUGGGCCAAGACCCUCAUCCUGCACUACAUGGCCCGCAUCUUCUUCGUCUACGAAGUCGGGGAGAGUUGCCGGAGCCCUCGACCGGAGCCGGACUCUUCAUCCAAGGGCCAGGUGGUCGGCGAGAAAGCCAGGGGCCCGGCUUCUCCUGGGGAGGCAUUCGUGGACCUGGAGGGGGGUCCCGGGGGGGCUGCACCCUGUGCCAAGGGCGGGUGCCUCUGCCGCCAGGGCAGCAGCAUCCUCCAUAACGUGGAGUACAUCGCCAACUGCUUCCGGGACCAGAAGGCGGCCUCCAAACGGACUGGGGAGUGGAAGAAGGUGGCCAAGGUCAUGGACCGCUUCUUCAUGUGGGUCUUCUUCGCCAUGGUCUUCAUCAUGAGUGUCCUCAUCAUGGGGCAGGCUGUCUGAGUCUCCUUGUGUCGGAUCCGAGGUUUACGGGCAGGCCGUCCCUGACUUACAAAUGUCUCCUAGUUAAGAACAACGGGGCUGAGACAGCAGGAAGUGAGAUAAAUCCAUCUUGAAGAAGAGAAAUUCACUCCUGGAAGAGUUAUUAUCAAGGGGAACAGGUCCCUCCACUGAAGCUUUAUCUCCUUGUUUCCACAACAAGCCACAUUUCCCGAAAUCUC